GCCGUAGCUUCCCUUCUGGAACGGCUGUGAGCAGGAGGACACCUGCGUCCCCGACCUCGUCCUCCACAGUCACACUGACCUGCUGGAUGUUCAGCAGUUCUGCAGCUCGAGGGAGCGGGCCGUCUGGUCGCUCUGCAGCCAGCGGGGGGCCUCAGGGGGCCCGCUGUACGUGGUGGAGGCCGGGCGGAGGAGGAUGGUGGUGUUUGCUCGACUGGAGAAUCAGGGAGAGAACGCCUACGGAGCCGCCAUCUACGUCUCCACCUCCUCCAACCUCCUCUUCUCCAGCCUCAUCGUCAAGGACCAAUCAGAUAUUCAGAUCGAGUGCUACUCGGAGGACAGACUGUCCAGUCAGAGGAGCUGUAACAUCAGCGCUCCGUUCAUGAAGUCCUUGUCUCAGGUGGGUGCUGCACCUGAUGUUCACCACCACAGAUCAUUUACUGCUCACCUGUGA